GUGAAUUAGAGGUGUGUGUGUGCGUGUGUACGUGUGUGUGUGUGUGUGUGUACCUCCAACCAUAAACCACAGAACACACGUUCACACUUUAAAUACCCUUAUGCUAUACAGUCAGUUGAUCCAACUCUGUUUCACUCGAUGACACCAUCAUGGGAUGCUCAGAGCUGUUGGUUUUGGGUUUUCUCCUAAAUUUUGCUCACUGCUUGGAAAUUUUGGAUCGAGACCCAAAUCUUGAGAUCCCGCACAACCUCACAGCAGUUCUGGGAGAGGACGCCUACCUGAGCUGUAGAUAUCUGGGCGAGCAUGAGAUUCUGAGCGCCCAGUGGAAACGCCAGAUUAACUCCAUUAAAUCCAAGCGACUGGCAGGAUUUACUGAUGGCAAACCAUUUGGCCGCAGUGACUUCUCAAAGCCAGCCUCUCCUACCAACCUCACAGUUCAGAUAAAUGUCUCCAGUGUGGAAGUAGAGGGACAAUACAUCUGCGAGUUUAAAACAGAGGAAGACGAUAUUUCUGACAGCCUAUUCCUCACAGUAGUAGCUCGGCCUGAUGUGCAGAUCCUGGUGAAUUCAGAGACCAUAAACGGUUCUCAAUACCAGUCGGUGUCAUGCUCCGCGGUCGGUGGCAGGCCUGUUCCUCAGAUCAGCUGGUCGGUCAAAGGCCGCCCUCCCUCAGAUUACUUUUACACUGUGAACGUGAGUGAAACCGCACACUCAAACGGAACCUCCACCCUGAGCAGCAUCCUGCGCUUCCCCACCCAUCUGCAGGAAGAGGACAGCGUGAUCUGCUCGGUCCAACACCCAACCCUCCAAAACCCCAAACUCACCACAGCCAGGGUGGAAACCUACACAAGGCCAAAUGUGACAAUUAAAGCAGAGAUGGUACAACGAGGGGGAACUGAGUUCUGGGUGGUCUCUUGCAUUUCAUCUGGAGGGAGACCUGACGCUGACAUUUCCUUGGCUUUGAACACCGACGAAGAGCUGCAGAGAGAGUACAGCACAGACACAGACACAGACACGCAAACAAGCUCAGUCCUCCUCCCUGUAACAGUGUACGAGGGACGCAAUGUCACCUGUGUGUUUGACCACCCCAAAUUUACACACAAAGUGUCCCGAGUCAUAACGCUGCCAUCGUUUUAUUUGUCUGGAAAGCUGGGAAGCUACAGGGAUAACUUCCAAGACCCUGAAUCUUUAGAGCUGCAGGAAGGACAGAGUGACACGGUCAUCAGCCUGCAGGUCACUGGGAAUGUGCCACAUUACACCGUUACCUGCAAAAAAGAUGAUGGGCCCUUGCCUGAACGCGUGGAGCUGGUUGGCAACAGCAGCCUCAUAGUUCAGGGUCCUGUGGAGCAUCAGCAUGCCGGCCUGUACGAAUGCGUCUUCUCCUAUCACCAACUGAAUGCAACGCUUACGUUUAACGUCACAGUCAAACCUCACCAUACACAGCCUGUUGCUCCCACAGUACGAGUGGAUUUGCAGACUGAAGAUGGAUACAGGGUGAUUAAGUGCUCAGCAGCUGAUGCUGUUCCUGCAGCCAACAUGUCCUGGCUUCUACCAGAGGGUGUGUCUGGAGUGUCUUGGUUCAAUUUCACUUCUCAUAAUGGAAGCCACUCUGUCAAAGGAGUCUUGCUCCUCCCUGCCUGCACGCCUUGGGAGCUCACUGCAGUGUGUGUGAUAAAUCACCCUGCGUUUGAGGAGCCAGAGAACAGAAGCAUGACCCUCCCUCAUUGCGCUCGCCCACACAUUGCCAUCAACUCCAGCACUGAGUGGAAGGAUGGUGAGGAGUACACAAAGGUGGACUGCUUUGUGGACAGCGUUGCCCCUGCAGCAACCAUAACCUGGCAUGCUGGAAACGGUUAUAACAGCAUCAGUUCUGUUCAUGUAUCUCUGUCUGAGAUGGAAGUCCAGGCUGAUGGUUUGAUACGGGCCCGGAGCUCUGCACACUUCUUGUCUUCUUUGUAUUCUGGUCAGAAUGUGACCUGCAGGGUGGAGCACCCAAGCCUGGAGGCACCUGAAAAAAGAGCAUUACAAAUUCUUGUGCACAAAGCCCCUGUGCUGAGUGUAUCUGUGGCGAGACAGGAGGACUCUCACCUCUGGCUGGCAGUGUGUGACUGCAGAGGCGAGGGUGUCGGAACCAACCUCGCCUGGGUCCUUCCAGAAAAUGCCAAAGGCCAAACAUCUCUGCACUCAACGUAUGAAGGGCGUGUCAUUAAAGCCAGGUUGACUUAUCAGUUUCCUCUGGCCUAUCAUGAGGGGCAGGACCUGACCUGUGUGUAUCAUUUUGAAAAUGGAGCCACAGAGAAAAAGACCGUUCACAUCCCCAGAUACUAUAUCUCCUCUGUGAAAGUCUUAAACCACACAACUCCUCUGCAAAGCCGCUACAGUGGUGAGACAAUCGUACACAGACUGGCUCUCAAGGAAAAUCAUCACAACCAGAGAGUACUGCUCCGAGUUGAAGGCAACGUGCCAGAGUACAACAUUGACUGCAGAAGGAGUGAUGGCUCAUUUGUCCAAAUGGAUGGCGUGGCAAUGGUCUUCCAGUCAGCGCUCACAGAACAGGAAGAAGGUCUGUACAUCUGCCAGGCGUCCUUCUAUCACCACACAGCCACAGUCCGCAUUCAAGUGGAGGUGGCAAGCGAGGACAAGCACAUUGCACUUGCGAGCAUGAUCUGUGCGUCUUCGGCCUUGGCCAUCCUCUUCAUCCUUGCCGUCACCCUCUGGGUGUGCUGCAAAAGAAAUGGCAGGACACAUUAUAAGAAACAGGAGUCUAUCUCGGCUUUGACAUCUCUGAUGCAAGAGCCCGGUUCGCCUGAGGUGAAGAAGCCAGUAGUGACAGAAAACCUCAAAAAGGAAGACGCUCAGCUGGUCAGUUACGCCAUAGUCAUUGAUAUCAAGAGCACAGUGUGAAAAUG